AUGGCUAUAGGAACCGUUUAUCCGGAACAUCGAAAUGAACCACCCAAUGCCAUCGUGCCACCUGGAAGCCCCAACUUGAGCGCAAUCGCGGCGACGGCGGCAUCUCUAACCACUGACUCGUACAGCAUCCUUGCCAGCGCGGAUCUGACGUCAGCGCUCUCUCUGGCCGAACACGUGGCACGCCUGACCGCGGCUCCGCACCUUUACGUGCAUCGCAUCAGCGUGGAGAAAGUCGCGGUGUGCGUGCGACAGCUGCUGCCGACGCUCCAUCUUCUUAAAAGCUCCGCGCCGUCGCUCUCCUUUGAUCCGCGCUCCGCGUUCGUUCUCCGCCGCCUCGCAUCGGAGCUGAAAGACGUUAUCGCGUUGCUCAAGGCGUGCAAGCUGACUAUACCAGGGAUGUUUUUCAGCCUUGGGCAUCAUCAUAAGGGGCUGGCGCGCAAAGCAGACGCGUGCGUGACGGAGAUUCGACAUUGUCACACCGUCUGCUCGAUGCUGCUGGGACAGGCUUCGAAUACCACCAAUGCCAAAAUCGCCGCCGACCACGGGCCGCUGUCGACCUCGUUGGUGUCACAAGCGCCACCGCCGACGCAGCAGAACCACUUCCCGUUACGAACCGUCUCAUGCAGUCACACUAGCGGGUCGAGCAAGGAACCUUCCACGUUCCUGGAGUCUUACAGCGGGAGCGGUAUCACCGGCGGAAGCGGAAGCUCGGUAAUGUUUCCCGGCGGCGGGGCGGAACAGCCCGCGCGGGUUCUCCAGCAGGUGGCGGAAAUGUUUCCCCAGAGCCCCAUGAUCGGCCCCUCCGCCGCUACGUUUUCCGCCAAAGACUCCCCAAGGCCUCCCGGGAUGAUGACGUGGCAGCAGAUGCAGGUGCGCGGGAUCCCCCCGAGGUCGAUCUCCGCCUCCGCCGCUUCCGGGUUUCGCGGGCCGCCUGCGGGGGGACUGUACGGGAGAGGUGGGUCCGCGGGGCGGCAACGACCGGGGAUUUUAGCAGGGGCGCCGCCGCUGGCGCUCCUCGGGGGGGAGCGGAGGGAGCGCGAUAGCAGUGCAGCCGAUGCUGCAGCGUCCGCGGCACUCGCCUUGAUAGGAGCUAACAACGGCGGUGGCGGCGGUGUUGGAGGGAGCCGGUUCGCGGGCCCGGGCCGAACCUACACCGUCUCCUCCGCUUCCUCCGGCAGGAUGCAGCCAUACUACGGCUCGAUCGCCGUCUCGCCUCGUCCGCUCAGCCCCGCGACCGCCGCCGCCGCCGCCGCUGCCGCCGCGUUCGCCGCGCCAAGGAUGUUCUCCCCGCGACGCCCCCGCGCGUCGUCCCCGCUGCCGUCCGCGCUCAAUCGGUCGAGCAUCUCCGCCGCCGCUGCGGCGAGCGCGAACGUGUGCCGGCUAGUGGACGCACUGGCGGAAGGAUCGGCGGAAGAGAAGCGCGCGGCUCUGGCCUCGCUAAUGGAUGUGAUUGUAACGGAUGAGGGGAAGCUCCAAGCCGCGGCGGCGGGGGCGGUGCCGGUCCUGUCGGUGCUGCUGUCGUUGCCUGAAGACGACUUCCUUUUGGACGACGAGUCAGCGUUACCCGGUUGCGCAGACGACGAUGAUUGGUUCCAAGGAGGGGGGGUGCUCUCCGCCGGGGGAAGCGGGGGUGGAAGCGGAGAGGGGAGCAGAGGGGGGAGCGCGGGUAGCCGGGGAACGGUAAAAACAGGCAAGGGCAGCGGGGGUGUGGAACGGGGAAAACCAGGAGGGAUCAGUUGCGGAAGGGGCGCGGUGGCGGCGUUGCUUCCGCUUCCGCCGCUUCCGGAGCCCCCUCCACGCGAAUCGCUGAACCUUCUCGUGGCGCGCGCUUUGGUGCAGCUUUCCGCGCUUCCCGCUAACUGCCAGGUCAUCGCUAAGGCGGGGUGCGUGCCGUCGCUAAUCGCCAUGCUUCGCGGCGGCAACCCCGAGGCGCAGGCGGUCGCGGUGAACCUGCUGCUGAACCUUGCGACGGGCUGCGACAGCGACUGCGACAGCAAAUCGCCAGCGAUCGUCGCAGGCGAGGCGAUCCCGUCGCUCGUCGCCAUCGUCCAUUCAGCGAGCGAGGCGAAAGUCCGGCGACAGGCGAUGGAGGCCCUCGCGCAUGUCGUCGCGAAGGCCAAGGAGAACCAAGACGCCGCGGCGCGAGCCGGCGCGAUCCCGAUAUUGACAGAAGCGUUAAGAGAAGGCUCGCUGCUGGUACAGGAAAAAGCGGCGUUUGCGCUGGGCUCGAUAGCGGAGGAUAACGACGAAAAUAAAGUAAUGAUUGCUGGGACGGGAGCCGUGCCGCCGCUGCUAGAUCUCCUUCUGUGCGGGCCGGCAGAUAUCAGCCUGCAGGAGCGCGUUUCGCGGCGGGCGGCGUGGGCGUUGUUUGCGCUGAGCUCGCAUCGUUUGUCCGCUUCGUACAUCGUAGCCUCUGGCGGGUUGGACGUUGUGAAACGAGCUAACGAGGAUGGGCCGUUGGAUACGAAGGAAUGGACGGCGAAGAUCAUCCCGCUUUUGGAGCCAGUGGCGGAGCAGCACCAGCAGGAGCAGCAGCAGGCGGCGUGGCAGCAGAAGUGGACGAAUCAGCGCCGGGGGGGAGCUGAAACGGCCCUGCGAAAAUCGUACGAUGACGUGGCAUCGUUUCAAGAAGGUCAGCGUCCGAACGGGCAGAAACCUUCCAGGUUUAAAGAGCGGGAUAAUAGCUGCCCAGAUGGGUCAGAAUUGGGUGACAAUGAGACGGAAGAUGGGCAGAGGAGGAAACAAUUGCAGGAGGACGAGCAGAUGGAAGCGAAAGUUGACAAGAAAGUGGAAUCUAGUGAGAAAGCGGAGUGCGAAGUAAAGAGCACGGGUGGUGAGGAGGAAGCGGCUUAUAAGGCAGAUGUGCAAGCAGAAGACGCAAUCACCACAGCCACAGCAGCAGCUACAACAAAACAAGGCGGCCAGCAAUGUCAGGUCAUGCAGGGUUCACAAACAGGAGUUGUGACCUGGAAGAUGCGGCCUUCUAACAACUUACCCAUGCACCUUGUUUCGUCCCAAGGCGGAGAGGCUCUUUUGACUGACCUAUGGCCAUUCGCUACGAUUGAUGUGGAAAGGUUCCUGGCGGUUCAGGAUCGAUAUGGGAUAUGGGAAGGUUUCCAGCUCAGGAUUAGCGUGGCUGCUGCUAGUCUGUCUACAGACGGUCCUUUCUUGCCAUCCCUUUCUCACCCUACUGUCAACCCACCUUCUUACUCACCCUCUCCCUUCCCCUCCCUUUGCCUCUCUCCCCAACCCCCUCCUUCCCUUUCCCUCUUUGAUCCCCUCGUUCUCGCUCUUCCCAUCCCUUUUCCCUCCCACUUCCCCCCCACGCCCUCCCUCCCCUCCCUUUUCCUCCGUUUCCCCACUCCCCCCUCCCCCUCUUCCCGUCUCUCUCCACCGCUUCGCAUCCCUUCCCACUCCUUUAUCCACCAGCCGCGUGCCCGCUGCUGCCGGAGGUGCAUGUGGACGCGACAGCCAGCAGCCAGGCCGCUCAAUGCUGUGGGGACUCCGGCAAUCCCUGUGGCACAAUCGAACAGGCUCUUACCAUGUUCCACCAUCCUUCUCUCUCCAGACACUCACCCUGUCCCUCCCUUCGGCCUGCAACUGGGGGGUCUUCCCCUCACCAUGCUCACCCUCCCCCACACUCACUCCAAUCACUGCGCCAUACACACAGUCUUCAUCCCUGUACCGUCAACCUUUCACCCCUCCACUCUCUCUUCCCUUCCCCAUCCACUUCCCCAUCCCCACCAGCAUCCUCUUGCAUGUGGCACGGUGGUACCUACCAUCCCCCUGUCCCCAGGCACGCACUCCGUCCCUCCCUUCGGCCUGCAACUAGGGGGAUCUUCUCUUCCCCUCACCAUCACUACCGCCUCAUACCCUUCCCCGUACCCUUCCCCAACCCCACGCACCAGUAUCCCUCCUACAGGCGGAACCAUCCUCCUGUCCCCUGGCACUCACGCUGUCCCUCCCCUCGGCUUGCAACUGGGGGGUCGUCCCCUCACCAUCACUGCUGCCACUGCUACUGGUGACACCUCCGCCCCUCCCGUCAUCAGCUGUGAGAGCAGCAACGGCAGCAACAGCAGCAGCGGGUCGUGUUUAACUGCCACGUGUGCAGCUUCCAGCACUGGAGCAGGGGGCGGGAGCAUUUGCAGUGAGCAGCAGGCGAAGCUGGUGUUGCGGGGAGUGGUAGUGGCCAAUGGCAGAGCAGAAAUCACCAGCAGUGUUGGCACUGGCAGCAACAGCAGCAGCAGCAGUGCUGGUGGCAGUGCAGGAAGCGGGGGUUGUCUGCUGGUGCAGGGGCAGGCAGUGGAGGUGACAAACUCCUCGUUCCUCAACUGCACUGCUGCUGAUGGUGGUGGGGCAAUCUUUGCUGUUGAUUCCCCCAACGUUACCAUCUCUGGCUCUCGCUUUGAAGGCUGUAAGGCUCUUGGCGGCCCCACUGCCACUGCUGGCGCUGCUGGUGGUGCCGGUGGUGCUGGCGCCGGUGGUGCUGGUGCUGCUGGUGGUGCAGCUGAAACCAUUGGCAAAGGAGGAGGAGCCGUUGCUCUAUACAGCGUCGCCCACGUGGAGGUCUCCGAUUCGUCCCUUCGGGACUGCACCUCCUCAUCCACCAAUGGCGGCGGCCUCACCAUCGUCUCGUCCAACGCCGCGCUGACAGCUGUCCGCUUCUCGGGCUGCUACGCUCAGAACCUGGGCGGCGCGGUCUCGUCUUCUCUCUCCAACGUGACUGUAACGAGCUGCGAGUUCCGCGACUCGCGGGCCAUGCGGGGAGGAUGCUUCUCGGAUGAUUCCUCCCCGCUCGUCUCCAUCUCCUCGUCCUCGUUCCUCCGGUGUAACGCGGAUGUAUCUAAGGAAGGGGAUAUUUACAGCAAGGUGAACGGCGGUGGGGUUGCACUCAAUGCAACCGCCUCUUUCGCCAUCCAAAACUGUACCUUCUCCCGCUGCCUCGCGGUUAUGGACGGGGGCGGUCUCGACGCUCUCGACCCCGGAAACCUCACUAUAGACUCCUCCACUUUCCGCUUGUGCUCCGCGUACGAUAAUACUGGUGGCGGCGGGGGAGCGGUGUCGUCCCGCGGCGGGAACAUCACCAUUCGGGGAACUCUGAUGGAGAAAAACUGGGUGAACAGCACUAUGGUUGGCUUUGGCGGGGCGAUCACUAUUAUGGAUACAGAAUUGGGGAUUUUUAACUCGACUUUCCGGGAGAAUAUCGCGUACGGGCAUUUGUACGGAACGCUGAGCCAGGGAGGGGUGAUUAAUCAGCAGUGGACCAGGCGGGACGUGGUGAUUCCGCUGGUGAUGGAGGAGUGUGCGUUUGAGAGGAAUGUGGCGGAUUUCGGAGCGGUGGGGUACUUUGAGGGCCAUGUGACUGUGAGGCGGUCCCGGCAUGAGCGGAACGAGGCGCAGUUCAGAUAUGGAGGCGCGUACUACGCCACCAUGAGCACCACCAUAGAGGAUUCUCUCUUUGCGCACAACACCGUGCUGCAGGACGGGGGGGCGAUCGCCACAGCAGGGCUGAUGGCCACGGUGGUGCGCGGGUGUGUGUUUCGCAACAACACCGCCAUCUCUGGGGAGGGGGGCGCGAUCGUUGUGCUCGAGGGAACGGAGGGAGCAGUGGAGGUGGAGGGGAGUCGAUUUGAGGGCAACACAGCACCGGCAUCCAAGGGGGGUGCCAUCUCUGCUGCCUCUGCUCGCCUCACCCUCGCCCACACCACCUUCCACCACAACCGUGCUCUUGUCAAGGGCGGUGCUGUUGCAGUUUCGCACCCAACUUCUCCUCCCAGCGACAACACCACCACCACCACCGGCAGCAGCAGCAGCACCCUCCCCACAGCACACUUCUCAAACGUGACCUUCGGUGAAAACAGCGCCACGCUGGGGGGAGCAGCGCUGCAUCUGGGCAUGGCGGCGCGCGCUGCACUCAUGGGGUGCCGCCUGGAGGGCGGGCAGGCCAGCAACGGUGGCGGUGUGAUGCUGGAGGAGUUCGCACAGCUGCAGAUGGCACGAUCCGAGUGCACUGGGAACAGCGCGCCAUCUGGGGGAGGCUGCAUCUCCAUGAGCGAGCUGGCCUCCGUUACAAUCACAUCCAGCAAUGUCACGUCCAACCAGGGCGGCAACGAGGGUGGCGCCAUCCGGGCCACGGGGCAAACCCGCUUGACCAUCACGGAUUCUCAUUUCUUCAACAACUCGGCCAUGGAUGGCGGCAUGCUCUGGUCCGAGAUGAACUCGCAGGUGCACAUCUCAUCAUCAGUCAUGGCCCGCAACAGCGCCACCAUCCAGGGCGGGGCGCUCUACUGCAUUCAGAACGCGCGCCUCUCGCUGCUCGCCUCCUCCCUGCGUGCCAACACAGCCGCACGCGGCGGGGCCAUUCUCGCGGAAGGGGGAGUCCGCCUGCUGGUCGCUGUGCGGGUGGGCAGCAAAACGCCCACGGUCUUUGAAGGGAACUCGCAGCAUGCGGUGGUGCUGCAGGGGCAGGCAGUGGGGUCUUUUUACGGGCCGGUUCUCUUUCGGGGGAAUGCGGGGGGAAGCACGAUGGACGUGGGGGAUGGAGGGGCGAUUUUUGCCACGGAUUCGACCGUAGUGGUGGUGGGGGGUGGAGUGGGGUUUGAGGGGAACACGGGGCAUAGAGGAGGUGCGAUUUUCUGUGAUGCGGAGAGCUCGCUGAGUGUUAGCUCGCGGGUGGAUGAUGCUGCUGUUGCUGCUGCUUAUGCCGCUGCUGGUGGCGCUGCUUCUGCUGCUGCUUCUACUGCUGCUGCUGCUGGUUAUGAUGAGAGUGCUACAGUCACAGCUGCAUCAACUACAGCAUCUGCUGCUGCUGACCCAGCACCCACGCCCCAAGCACCCAUGUUCUCAAACAACCAGGCUCAGGAGGCUGGCGGGGCAAUCUUUGUGGCCGGCAACACGUCCCUGCAGAUCUCCGAUUCGAUCUUCGAGUCCAACCGGGCGGCGAUGGGGACAGGUGGCGCGAUCCUAGUGCUCGACUACGCGCACGGGGACCUGCGGAAUUGCGCUUUCCGAAGCAACGAGGCAGGCUCGGACGGGUCGGCUGUGUACCUGGAUCGGGGAGGCAUGGGGGGAGGUUCGGGAGGAGGAGCGGGUGGGGGUGAGGAAAGAGGGGGAACUGGGGGAACGGGGGGGGUUGGGGGAAGUGGAGGAGUCACUGGUAACGGCAGCAUCCCAGCUCUUGCCAGCGGUGGCAGUGCUAGUGGUGCUGGUGGUGGCAGUGGUGCUGGGGGGAGUGCAGGUGGUGCAGGAGGGGGAGGGGCAGGGGCAGGGGCAGGGGCAGGGGCAGGGGCAGGGGCAGGGGCAGGGGGAGGGGGAGGGGGAGGGGGAGGGGCGGGGGGGAUUGCAAUGGCAGCAGGCGGGCUUGGGUCGGCGUUUCUUGACGCGACGUUCCUCCCUGCCAUGCGGUCGACGUGUGUGGGGUGUGAGAGCAAAGACAAGCAGGACACCAUCGGCACUCUCCCUUCCUCCUUCCGCCUCCAGUGGUCAGGGCAGAACGAUGCAGCUGGAAGCACCACGCCAUUCCAGGUGAAGGGAGACAGGGCUAAUCCAGUGACAGGGCUGCAUGUCACAGUGCUGGACGCAGCAGGCCUCAUCCCAGUCAACGACUUCCGAGCCAAAGCCUCCAUCCUCCCCACUCCUUCCAUAAGCGGCCUCCUGCAGGCCAUAGCAGUCAACGGCCGCGCCACCAUCCCCCCCGUUUCCAUCGUCGAACCACCCGAAUCCGGGAAUCUCUCGCUCACGCUGUCGGUUUCCUCGUCGUUGGAUGCGUUUCCGCCGAUCGCACGGACGGUCGAGAUCGUCUUCUGCCCGCCCGGGCAGUUUUACACCCGCCCGGGGAUGACCUGCGAGGUCUGCCCAAUCGGGAGCUGGUGCGGGUCCGGGCGGGGCGCGGAGCUCUGCCCGCCGGGCAGCUUUAGUUUUUUCCCGGGCACAGCAUCCCUCACCGAUUGUUUACCCUGCCCGAUGACCCGCGACGUUCUUAAAGACACGCUAGCGGUGACGUGCGAGCAAGGGAAGAUGACAGUAGAGGAGGGGUUCUGGUUUGACUUCAACAGUAUCAGCUCUGGCAUCCCUGCCGUGUAUGCCUGCGACGUGUUAGAUGGAUGUGCAGGGCUGGUCUACCCUUCCAACUCCUCUGAACCCACUGUGAUUACUACCCAACAGCCGCAGCAGCAGCAGCAGGCGGCAGCAAAUGCAACUCUGGAGCAGCAGCAAUGCAAGCAGGGGUACAACGAGAAUCGGCUCUGCUCCAGCUGCGCGCCCGGAUACUACUCAGUGCUCAAGUUCUGCUACCAGUGCGCACCCACCUUCCAGCGCCUCUUCCCGCUGCUGCUCCUGCUCAUCGUGCUCGCCUGGGUGGCCAUGGGGAUUUUGUCGGACUCGUUUCACACCAUUGCUAUACUCGCUAUAGAGCUGCAGAUGCUGACGUUUAUCGGGUCGUACAACCUCCCGCUGCCCUCCUGGGUGAACACCAUUAUUCAGUACUUCCAGAUCGCGCUCUUCGUACCGGACGUGAUCGGGCCAGGCUGCACAGUCACCUACUCAUUCGUGCAGCAGUGGGCAGUCACCAUGGUCAUCCCCGUUUUAGGCGUCCUCGUUUACGCCUGCCUCUACCUCACGCACCGCCUCUACUCCCACACCAUCACCCGAAUCUACGGCACCCCCAAGAACCACCCCAUCACCAGCACCACCAGCUUCACCCCUUCCGCCGCCGCCUCCGCUGCUGCUGCUGCUUCUGCUGCUGCUGCUGCGUCUGCUCCCUCUCUCCGCACCGAUAUCGACGGCACCAGUUUCUCGCGAGCUCCAAGCAGCAUCGGCUCUCGGGCAGACGACUUGGGCGGGCACGUGACGACAAAACGCGAGAUGUUUGACAAGUACGAAAACACGCUGAUCCACGGGGUGACCAACUGGCUCGAUCUCAGCUACGCAGCUGUAACCUUCCGGUGUUUCCAGGCGUUCUACCGGCACUGGUACGGCGCGGAUGUGAUGGGUGCCGCGCCGUAUAUCGGGUGGUUUUCCGAGACGCACACGGUGGUGUUUGCGCUGUCGGUGGUGAUUGCGGUGGUGUAUGUGGCGGGUGCGCCGGUGUGCUACGCGCUGGUGCUGUGGCUGGGGAAGUCGAAAGGCUUGCUGGCAAGUCAUACGUACAAGAUGCGAUGGGGGUGGAUGGUCAGCCGGUACGAGUACGACUACUUCUGGUGGCACCUCACCUGCUAUGCCCGUCGCAUCAUCCUCGUCUCCAUCACCGUCUUUGGCGUGCAGUCACCCCAGAUGCAGGUAUCAGUGACUCUCCCUCUGCAAGCCAUUCGCAUCGGCCUACAGUACGGCGCAUCCCCCUUUGCAGCCUUCUCGCACGACGUAUCAGUGACCCUCCCUCUCCAGGCCAUUCGCAUCGGCCUACAAUAUGGAGCCUCUCCCUUCGCAGCCUUCUCGCACGAUGUGCUCAACUCGCUGCCCGCACUCGCAGAGCUGCUCUUCACGGUGGUAUCAGUGACCCUGCCCCUGCAAGCCAUUCGCAUCGGCCUACAGUACGGCGCAUCCCCCUUCGCAGCCUUCUCGCACGACGUGCUCAACUCGCUGCUCGCACUUGCAGAGCUGCUCUUCACGGUGGCACUCACGGGCUUUAACUACAUCGGCAUCACCACCGGGGCCAACGUCCUCUUUGCCUUCUCCUUUGCUCUCGUCUUCCUCCCCACGCUCCUCAUCCUCUGCUACGAGCUCGUCAACUGGUACAUCACGCACUGCAAUCUCAACAGCUUGUGGCAAAGCGACAAGGCCCGCAAGUUCCCCACUUCUCAUCCUUUCCUUCCUUGUUCCCUCCACUUCCACACCCCCCCCAACAGGUACAUCACCCACUGCAACUGUCGCGAGCUCAACUCCAUGUGGCAGACCGACAAGGCGCGCAAGUCUCUGCGCUCACGCAAGCACCUGGCGGCUCUCUCAGUGGACGAUCUCGUGCAUCCCUCCGACAUCGCCCGCUGGUACAUAACGCGCUGCAAUUGCAGGGAACUGAACAGCAUGUGGCAGACAGACAAGGCCCGCAAGUCCUUACGUUCGCGCAAGCACCUGGCGGCACUCUCAGUGGACGACCUCGUGCAUCCCUCCGACAUCGCCCGCUGGUUCCGCCCGCACGUGCUCUCCGCCUUCCUCUUCCACUACUCCUCCGCCUCCCCCGCUUACCACGCCGCCCGCCGCAAAACCCUCUCAGACGAAACAGGCUUGGAAACCGGCACUGCUGGUGCUGGUGGUGGUGGCGGGCAGUUUCAGCACGUGGGUACGGCGGAGAUGCGGCGGCGGCGGCGGCUGCUGCUGCGGCUGCGGGACCGGUUUGAGCGGAUCCGGCUGGCGGGACCCGGGGAUGCGCAGUGGAUGAAGCACUUAAGUAAGAGUCAGAUGUACGGGGUGCUGUCUCAGGCGCUGCUGGGAGCGGCGGUGGGGGAGGUGACUGUUGCGAGAAUGCCUGCUGGCUCGCGGGGGCUCAGCACUCCCGAAGCUGGCUCGAGGGCUGUGUCGAGGAGGCUCGGCACGCCGGAGCUAGGUUCCGCGAGAAGAGUGAUGGCUUCGGGCUCAGCAGAAGGGGGAGAGGCACGGUUGGUAGACUUGGGCGCGGCAGCAGAAAGAGCAGCUGCAGCAGCAGGAGGAGGAGCCGGAGAAGCAGGGGGAGUAGGGGUGGCAUCACCAAUGCCAGCGUUUUUGUCUGCAUCAGGGAGGUUGGAUGUGACAGGGACGGGUGCAGCUGGGGUGGGUACACCUGGAAGAGGUACACCUUUUGGGGGAGGUACACCUGGGCGCAGCACACCUGGGGGAGGUACACCUGGGGGGGGCACGCCUGGAGGGGGAGGUACACCUGGGCGCGGCGUGGCACGAUUUGGGUCUCGCAGCCUAUCGAGACGAGAGCGGUGGGUGCAGCCUGAGGUGAGUAGAGGUGGUGAGGCGAAUAGAGGUGAUUCGUUUAGAGGUGAUCCGUUUACAGGUGAUCCUUCUAGAGGUGUAGGGGAUGGAACAGGGGGAGUGGAAGGGGCAGGGGGAGGGGGAGGAGGAGCGGGAGAGGGAGGGAUGGGGCGUUUGGGAGCGGUUGGGGGGGUGGAAACGGGAGUGGGAGCGGUGGGAUGGGAUCCAGAUGAGGAGGACGAGGAGAGAAUGCUGCUGGAGUGGCCGCCCAGGCUGGACCACCACGUUAGCUGGACGGCAACUAAUGCCGCAGGCGGCGAGCUCGAGCGGCGGGGUUUGUCUGGUAGUGGAGCGGAUGUGCUGGUGAAUGGGGAGGGGGAGGAAGAAGACGGGGAGGAACUGGAGAGGAAUGGGUGGCGUGGGGAGGAGGACGGGGAGGAGGAGGGGGAAGACGGGGAAGAGGGUGAGGAGGAUGAGGAGGAGUGUGAGGGGGAUGAGGAGGAUGGGGCAGAUCUAGAGGAGAGAGCAGAGCAACGGCGGCAUCAGCAGAGGGAGCAGGGUGGGCAAGGGGGUUAUAGAGGCGGGUACGGGGAGGGGCAGGGAGGCGGGGAGGCGUACAGGGAGGGCAGAGAGGGCGGAGGGGGCGGAGAGAACGGAGGGGAGGGCGGAGAGGGGGGGGAAGGGGGCUAUGUGGAGGCUCGGAUGAACAUGGCGGAGCUCACGCUGCUCUUCCAGCGCCACCUCGCUCUCCUCGUGCGCUCCGAGGCCCUCCGCCGCCCCACCUCGCUGCGCCUGCUGCUGCAGUCGGAGGCAAUUCCAGACCUUCUAGCCUGGCUCACCUCCCCCCACUG